AUGUCAACAGCCUGCUCCAAAACAACUCUUGCUUUCGAGAUCCCGUACUCUAUUACCGGUUGUCAUUCGGGAUUUUUUAUUCAUAAGUGGUCAUUUCAGGAUAGGGAUGGCCGAACAAUAUUUUGUGCAUCGGUAGUUUAUGACCAGACAACCUUUGCAUGCACUAUUUUCCGAUCCAAAAGUUAUCCGGAAGGUGACUUAAAAAUUGAAACUGUUCCAGGACAACGACUCUUCGAGAAAUUUUGCCUAAAAGAUGCACCGAUCGAGUGUGCAGACAGUCGGUUCCUGAAGAUUGAUCAGUCGGUCAUCAUUGGAUAUGCAAGAAAUGUUUCACUCGCAAGAUCCGUUCAAGAAUGUAUUGAACAGUGCCUCGCCGAACAUUUCCAGUGCAGAUCGGCAAUGUACUUCUACGCGGAAGGUGAAUGCAUAACGAACACCGAAUCAGCCAUGACUCAGCCAGCAUCAUUUGCCCGAGAAGAAAAUGAUAAGGUUAUUUACAUACAGAAUGGCUGUCCAGCAAUAUUAGCACGACAAAAACAAUUGGAAAACUCAACAAUAGCAGCUGUAAAAUUAUCGCCUAUCGCAGCAGACGACCAUAUCGAAAACGUUAAUGAUAAUAAGGAAGAAAAUCCGUUGAAGCAACGAAACGACUUGAAUGAUGACGUUUAUAGUGAGAGUUACGAAGAGCAAAGUGACAACGCAAUCAGGACAAAUUUCGGAAAUGUUUCCGCAGUCGAAGAGGCAACAACAGCAAGUACCAUCAAAGGAAUGUCGAAAAUGCUGACGCGUAAUUUGAAAAAACUGAGAACUGAUAGCGGUACCGUCAGCUUCAGUAAACGUCCCAAAUCACUGAGACAAACAAAGUUACAGCAAAUAAAAAAAGAAUUCACAUCGGAAGAAAAUGAAGAAAAACACUUGGAAAAAAAUUUACCCUUAGAGGUUGAAAAGCAGCAUACAGAGAGGACUAAUUCAGUGGUAGUGGUAUUUCAUGAAAAAGCUAAAAUGCAAAAACCAAUGAACCGAUUGAAAAUUAUAACAUUGAGCGGAUUCAAAGAUGAGGAUCACUUCUCUCAGUGGAACAACUGGUCACCAUGUAGAAGACCUGGUGAAAGAAGCAUAAGACGAAGGAAAUGUUACAAUUUACAAAAAUGUGUUGGAGCAUUAAUGGAAGUCAAGAAAUGUCCUAUAACAAUAAAAGAAGAGGUUAAAUUGAAAGAAGCAGUUCCGGACGACCAUGGACUGCAAACAACAAUCAACAGGGAAGGAUUACUGACGUCAGUACUACCUGAAAGGCUAAAUAUAGCAAACAAAACCGAUCUUAGAACUGCUAUACUACACGGCAUUUCUUCACAGUUACAGCAGCAGUCACAUUCUGAAAAAGAAUUCAAGGAAAAAACGGACGAAAAAGUUUGGUCACCUUGGCGAGGCGUUUGCCAGCAGUUUGCUGGUGGUCAUCCAUGUAAAAACCAUGAAAUUAUUGGUUUUGAGUCCCGCGAUUGUUUGGCAACCGACAACGCUAAAUGCAAAGGACCUUUCUUUCGGUAUUGUACGAUAUCCUGCUGA